AUGUCAUCCUCCCCCAUCAUCGCCGUGGUAGGCGGCCUGAACAUGGACACGGUCUUCGAAACGGAGCGCAUGCCGGACUUGGGCGAGUCCAUGGACGCCAUUUCCCUCGCCAAUUACCCCGGAGGCAAAGGCGCCAACACGGCCAUCGCGACGUAUCGCGCCAGUCACAACAAGCCGACUGGGAAUGGUGCUGUCCAAGCUCGCGAGAACGGGGAGAUCCGCGUGUUCAUGAACGGGGCCGUGGGAGACGACGACUUUGGCGUCGAGCUGCGCACAAAACUCGAGGAGAACGGCAUCGAUGUGUCCGGCGUGCGCACUUUGGCGGGCGAGAAGAGUGGCACCUGCGCCGUCAUUGUCGACGUGGACUCUGGGGAGAGCCGCAACAUCGCGUACCAGGGCGCGAACUUGAGGUGGACGCCCCGUGAGCCAGACUCGGUCGAGUGUCUCGCUGGCGGCGCGAAGCCCGAUCUUGUCGUCACCCACCUGGGCGUCCGGCGGGAGCCAGUCGAGCAGGUGCUGGAGACGGCGAGCAAGAAUGGCGUCGACACCAUCUUGAACCCGUCGCCGGCUGUGUACCUGGUCAGCUCGACGUAUCAAAAUGUCACGCACCUGCUCAUGAACGAGACCGAGUCUGCAAUGCUGUCCGGUCGGCCAAUCAAAGUGUUUGACAAUCCCGACGUCUGGAAAGCGGCCGCGCAACAUUUUAUCUCUCUGGGCGUCAAGAAUGUGGUCAUCACAUUGGCAGCCAAGGGAGCUUAUUAUGCCACGUAUACAGGAGACACAGGGCUUGUGGAUGCGGAGAAAAGUGUCAAAGUUGUGGAUACAACGGGAGCAGGAGACACUUUCGUUGGCACGUACGCAGUGGAGUAUAUCCGACAAAAGCAGCGAGGAGAAGAGUGGGAUAUCAGAAAGGCCAUCGCACGCGCAUGUAAAGCGUCAGCUCGCACGAUUGAGCGGCUGGGGGCUCAGGAGUCGAUCCCGUGGGCGGAUGAGAUAGACCGGAAGUAG